ACCCGCUUCGUACGGAAAGAGAAUCGUGCGCAGACGCGAGACGAUUUUUAUACCGCAAUUUGAACCUUCAAUUAUUAAUUUACUACCAUCGACUCUGGAACCGAGAAAAAAGCUCGAAAUUCACGGAUAUCAAACGUAAGCGAAGGAUACUGUUUGACAUUUUCUCGUCAAUUUUUGAGCCUUUUUUCCCUGUCGGCCGGAGCUGAAAGUGAAAAGUCCGGAGCGGAGGGACAGGUGGACUUGGUCAGUGACAGUUGAGGGAUUAUUAUCUUUUCGGGGGGCAAAUUAAUUGCAAUGUCAUCGGUGAAAUGUUCAGUUCUGUUGUGAAAUUGUUGUUGAACUUAUCAGUGUUGUGGUGAUGAUAGUGGGGGUGGUGGGGGUUUUGCAACGUGACAGAUCUCGAGAGUUUUGUGAUCAAGUUUUCACCCGGAAUUGUGACAGCUACAGCUGAGCCAGUUGGAGAAUACAACAACGAUUUUUUUAAUUGAACCUUUUCAAUGCGUCGACUAAUUCGUCGAAGUCCACUGAAGAGUUAAACCGGGGGAAUUCUUCAGCACCGAGGUAACCAUGGCGUCGAUGGAGAUACGACGAAGAUUACUUUUUAUCGCCCUGAGCAUAGGACUGCUUGCGACGUCAUCAGCAGCACCGAUGGGAAAGGAUUCGCGACCGCAGACGCGGAGGAAAUCACUGGUGUCUUCAGUCAAGAAUUCCGAUGAGGUUGGCAACCCUGAGGAUCUCGCCUGGCAAGCGGAGUUCCUGGUGGAUCAAGGGGGCGUCAAUCUUCUUCGGAAAAUCACACCAAAGAGCAUCUUCAUUGCUCCGUCACUGCAGGCCCUGCCAUCUUGUGCUGAAGGGUAUCAACCCGAUGCGAUGAACCGCUGCAUCAAGAACGUGAACAUCAAUCAUGAAGCGCACCUCGACUUUCUUGUUCAAAGGUUGAACGCCAUGUACGCGAAUUUUGGGGGGAGCAAGUCUGAAGCAGCAGCUAGCUCGGGGUCGGUUCCUACGGGACCUCUGCAGCUGGAUCUUCUGAACAUUCCGGUUAUCGUUGAGGCUGAGGAUCAGGAGGAGGAGGAAGACGCUGCGGCGCCAUCGACUUCCUUAUUUUCUUCAGAGGAGGAAGAUAACAGAAGGGGAGAAGAGAAUCCUCCGAUCGUAGUGGACGAUAAGGAUGAGGAGGAUGAAAAAGAGUCUGAUCAAAAGCCGUUUUUUCACGAGUCUCAAACUACCAAGGAUGGUAGCGAGAAUGAGGACAGCAAUUCAGGAAAGUACGAUGAUGUUGUUCCAUCGCUAGUUGAUUUUAUAGACGACACAAAUUCAAGUUAUUCAGAAGUAAUUGAUCAUAAAGUUGAUGCUGGCGACAGACUUCAUAAUCACACAAUCUCUGAAGAAGAAUCAAAAUUAGAUGAUGUCAAGGGUGAUGAUUCUAGAGAGAAGACGCCUCGGAAUGACUCAUCGUUGGCUUCAACAGUUGUUCUUUUAUUAACUCCAACGAAACUACCGGUUUCAAACGGAGAUUUGAUAGUUGCUCAUAAUAGCAGCACUGGUAUGCUGAGUGUGCGUAGGGAUAAGGAGAAUGGAACUGAAACUGAGGAGAUUAUCACUGUUAAUUUGCCAGAGCGCUUGGCAACUGCCUCGACCCCGAUUCUGAUUCUUUUCAAUGGGUCAGUGUCUGAUACUUCGGAGGUUCAGUCGUCGACUACUGAGGAAGCACAGACGGAGGAAACUGAGACGGAACUUCCUGGGGUGAAUGAGGACUCAGAGGAUGUUGAAGAAUCAACGGAGAGUGACAACGAAAUUCUCGCGCACAGUGAAGCUGGUAUGAUGGUGACGGUGCUGCCUCGUGUCCAGGCAUCAUCAACCCCUGUUGGCGAUGACAAAGAUACGACAGCGAGUAGAAUAUCAAGUACGAUAACCAUCAACGAUGACUUUGUCCGAGAGACAAUUGUCCUCGGUCUGAAUCUCCAUAACGACUCGAACACACCGAAUACCUCGGAGCCUGAAGACCAGACAUCAUCGACAUUUCUCGCAGAUGAGAAGAUCGUCACAGUCACCCCGGAAAUGUCCUCGGAGGAGGAAACAACGUCUCUCCCUGAAGAUACGUCAUCCUUCACCGAAGUACCCGAGAAUGAGGAAACGACUGCGGACAAUUCCGAUGACAGGAAGGAAUCCACGACGUCGAGAGAAAUUACAAAACAAUCGGAGCUUCCGGCAACAACGACAAUGUACAGCGACGUCUCCACGGACCAGAGGGAAUCGUCCCCGGUAAUAAAAGUCGAGGAACACUUCGAUGAAAACAUUACCGACAAGCCAUCAACAAGACCUCCGUCGGCGAGUCAACGUCCGGAGGAGUCUGACAGCUCCGAAAUCAUGACCGCGUCUUCCUCCAACAACGCAGAAGCAAUUUUCGCUCAACAGCCGUCCGAAAACACUCGUUACUCGUCACCAAUUAAGCAGAACAGAAAGCCACUAGGCCCUCAGGCCCCUGACUUUCCAGAUAGAUCGGCUGUCAAAUACGACACAGCAACAGCUUCAGAGAACACAGAAAACAUCUACACAGAAAUCAAGACAAUUGAUGAUCAGUUGGAGCUGCAAAAGGUCCCGGAGGCCGGUAGCUUCGUCCCGGAUCAACGGAAGGUGGAUUCUGGCAGCCAAGCUAAGGACUUCGUCAGGUUUCCGACGUCCGAUAAGAUUCGAAAUCGUCCCGGCUACGUCAGGUUUCCUUCGCAACAGGUCAACAGCAUCCACACACCAGACGACUUCAAGGACAGACGUCAUCAUCGACCUUUCAACCAACGAGUCCCACUGGAGAACCUCUCCAGUCCUCAGAAGCAGGUGUACUGGCCAGACUGGCGGAACGAACAUCAAGGCUCGAUUCGCUCCAAACCUGAUGUCAACGACGGGUCAAGGGAUCGAUCUCCGUUCUGGUUCUGGGCGAGAAUGCCUCUCGUCAAGGACCCCAGUCUCCUCCGUUACGCGACGAACCCAGACACCCUAGAUCGGUCAGACAACCGAUCUCAUGGACCGAGACGGAUCAACUACUACAAAGAGAUCUCCCCUCAUGAUGCCCCCAGAGCCUUCGCCAGAAGCACUAUCGGAGGCUAAUCUCUCAACUCAUUGUGAGUUCAGGACUGGACUCUCGAUUUCUCUUUUGAGAAACUGCACCCGAAGAUUCUUCCUCAAGUGAUUGAGAUAAUCAUUUUAGGGACUAGAGUCGAUAUGGUUGACCAAGAAAAUAGGUUUUACACGAUGGAAAACCAUGCGCUGGUGUAGCACAAAAACUUGUUCAUCCGACGCACAUUCAAAGACUGAUUUAUCAGAAGAUUUUGAUUAAGAAUAUUAUUGAAAAAUGUAUGUUUAGGACGGAAAUCGUGGAAGUGUUGGGACGUUUUAAGAGUCCAGCGCUCAGAGUCAUUUCGCACGGAAACUUCAAGACUUGGAGAGGUUCUUAGUGUCGAUGGAUGGUGUAUGGAUUUAUUUAUUCAUGAUGAACGUUAGAGUUUUACGCGCUGUCUUGGGGGCUUUGGCGGACUCAUAUGUGUUUUUUUUUCUGAUAGUAAAAAAAAUCAUUAUGUGGGAAAAUGAAAGGUUCUGGCGGGAAAAAUUUAUGUGUUUAGAUGCGCAUUUUGUUUUAGAGUGUAAAUGCACGUACUAAAUGUGUAAAUGUCGGUGUCAGCUUGUAGAAGUCGAUCUCAUCUCUUUCUGGGCUCGAGGAAGAUGCUUUUUUUUUAAAUGAAAAUAAGAACAUCGGUGUGGAUUGAAUGUAUCGGUGUUUAGAAAACGAGAUAUUACUGAUGAAUUGUUCGUUUGAAUACUUUGACAUUGCGGCCAGUAACAGUUACCGUCUUAAAUCUCAUUAACGCACGCGAGAUGCACUCAUUCCCCAAAUAAUUGGCCCUUCCCGAGAGAAUACAUAAAGUAAAAAAAAUGAUAAUCAGCGAAAAUUUACGUAAAAGUAUCUCAGUAUGUCGAUAUACAUAUCCGAAAUUGUAUGUCAUUAAUGUUUGUGUACAUAAUUGAUUGUUUAAUUAUCUGUAGAGUUAACUGUAUAUACCGCGUAUUACCGAAGUCGUAGAUGAUCGAAUGCCGUGGUUAAACGAUCGAAAUAGAAUAAUGAACUAUUAUUAAUGAAUUGUAACUGUGUCGAGUUAUUGUAUUAUUUAUAUGUAAACUUAAAAAUUGUGAAAAAUGAACGAAUUAUAUAUAUUAUUGAUGUAAUUGUGUGUAGAAUUGUUACGCACUUUUGGUGGUACGAAGUGAAGAAAAAAGAAAUAUUCAUCAGUCAAAUUUACCGAUGAUGUUGAGUCUGAACCGGUGGUCCGUUCUGCUUUUGCUUUUCAUUCAUCCAGAUGUUAAAUCCUGAACGAGUUUGAAAAUUUCCUUCAAUGUCUACGUGUACAAAUAAAUUUUAACUGCACUAAUAA